GCUCAGAAUCAGUCCGGUACCGGUACCGGUCCACGUUCUCAGGGGAGAAAGACUCACCUGGUAUAAAUUACAUUUUUAGCUAUUGGAGUAACGCUUAAGAGAAAUGAAUUUAACCAAAGAAUGUGAUGAAAAUGUGUAGAGCUGCACCGAUUGCAGGUUUCUGUCUGGUUACCAUCUUUAAAAAGCCUGACCUGCUGGUUUGGAUUUUAGGUGAAAUGAUUGGGGUUUUUCUGAAAUGUUGCUAAAUAUAGCAAGAAAGUCACUGAGUUGCUAAGUUUAUAGCAGGUGUGUGAAUGAUCUAAUGAUCGGGCUGCUGACUGCAGCCGGUCCACAUUGUUAGCAGAACUAGAGGGGCCCAAAACCACAUUUUGCUUAGUCUAGGGCCGGCCCUGCACCCCCAUGUAGACACCUUUAGCUGAAAUCCAUCAGAGUGAAGCGUUGUGUCUCCAUCAAGGAUCUCUGGUGCCUCAGCCGUGAGGCGUUUGAGGGUUUCCUGCAGCUUCAGCCUGUUUGGUUUCAGUGACCCGCUAAAGGUCAUCCUGAAGGUCAGAACGGCCAUUCUGUCAAUAAUGACUCAGAUCAAGUAACUUUGCAUUAAAGUGUUUUUAUUUACAGACAGUGAUGAUGGAGCCCCUGUGUUCCAGUCGUAUUCACACCCCCAGAUAAAAUCAGCCGAAACUCACUGGUGACUUUAUACCAGAACCGAUCCCUGACGCUGACCAUGCUUAGGAUCUACUUUUCUACAGAUUCAACUCCACAAAGCAACAGAAGAAGCUGAUCAGCUGAUAAUGCUGCAGCGACAAAAAUCAGCCGGUCUGCUGCAGCUGUCCCAGUCUGAACUGGUUUUGCGCUGCAGGUUCCAGUGAAGGUGCUGCACGCUCACUGCGAUGACGUCACCGCAGCCCGGUUCUGCUGCGGCGACCGCAACGUCCUGAGCUGCUCGUUGGACGGCAGCGCCAUCCUCUGGGUAAACUGCUGCUCUGCAUUGGUUCCUGCUGUGUGACUCUGCGCUGACCUCUGACCUCUGCAGGACUUGGAGAGCAGCCGGCCUCUGAGGCUGUUUGCUGGAGUUCACAGCAGAAGUAUCACUGAGUGUGCUCUGAUCCCCACCAGCAACAGGUUGGGCUCACACCACCUAUGGCUGGAGUCUGAUAAUUUACACUAAUCCAGAUUAACACGUGGACCUCAGGGUGUGUGUGUGUGUGUGUGUGUGUGUGUGUGUGUGUCAGGAUGGUGACGGUGUCCUGGGACAGGAAGAUGGUGGCCUGGGACCUGGAGACGGGACGCGUCCUGUGGGAGACGGAAUUGGACGGCCUGCUGACGUCCUGCAGCUGCUCGUCUGACGGUCGGCUGCUGGCCUGCGCCGCCGAGCCUCAGGACGCCGUUUAUAUCUGCGCCGCCUCCGAUGGCCAGACGUUGCAUCGCAUCAGCAAUCACCACCUCUCCACCAUCACACGGGUCCGCUUUGACCCUUCGGACCAGCGGGUGGCGUCUGUGUCCGCAGACCGGACCAUCAAGCUGUGGGACGUGCAGGCCAAGAGGACGACCAUGUCCAUCGACAGUAACCAUAGCAACGUGGUUUCCAGCUGCUGCUUCAACGGCAACGGGCACUUCCUGUGCACAGCAUCAUGGGAUAAGACGCUGAAGCUGUGGGACCUGCAGGGGGGGCAGUUCCGGUCCCAGGGCGGCACGGCGCUGCAGCGCGGCCAUGAGGGCAGCGUGAGCUGCUGCGUCCUGUCUGCUGAUGGUGAGGCGUUCAGGGACAGUGGAGAGUUAAACAAUGAUGAGGCAUUCAGGGACGGUGAGGCGUUCGGGGACGGUGGGGAGUUAAACAAUGAUGAGGCGUUCAGGGACGGUGGGGAGUUAAACAAUGAUGAGGCGUUUAGGGACGGUGGGGAGUUAAAGGACAGCGAGGCGUUCAGGGACGGUAGGGAGUUAAACAAUGAUGAGGCGUUCAGGGACGGUAGGGAGUUAAACAAUGAUGAGGCGUUUAGGGACGGUGAGGCGUUCAGGGACGGUAGGGAGUCAAACAAUGAUGAGGCGUUCAGGGACGGUGGGGAGUUAAACAAUGAUGAGGCGUUUAGGGACGGUGGGGAGUUAAAGGACAGCGAGGCGUUCAGGGACGGUAGGGAGUUAAACAAUGAUGAGGCGUUCAGGGACGGUGGGAAGUUAAAGGACAGCGAGGCGUUCGGGGACGGUGGGGAGUUAAACAAUGAUGAGGCGUUCAGGGACGGUAGGGAGUUAAACAAUGAUGAGGCGUUUAGGGACGGUGAGGCGUUCAGGGACGGUAGGGAGUCAAACAAUGAUGAGGCGUUCAGGGACGGUGGGGAGUUAAACAAUGAUGAGGCGUUUAGGGACGGUGGGGAGUUAAAGGACAGCGAGGCGUUCAGGGACGGUAGGGAGUUAAACAAUGAUGAGGCGUUUAGGGACGGUGAGGCGUUCAGGGACGGUAGGAAGUUAAACAAUGAUGAGGCGUUCAGGGACGGUAGGGAGUUAAACAAUGAUGAGGCGUUCAGGGACGGUGGAGAGUUAAACAAUGAUGAGGCGUUCAGGGACGGUGAGGCGUUCAGGGACGGUAGGGAGUUAAACAAUGAUGAGGCGUUUAGGGACGGUGAGGCGUUCAGGGACGGUAGGGAGUUAAACAAUGAAGAGGCGUUCAGGGACGGUGGGGAGUUAAACAAUGAUGAGACGUUCGGGGACGGUGGGGAGUUAAACAAUGAUGAGGCGUUCGGGGAUGGUGAGGCGUUCAGGGACGGUAGGGAGUUAAACAACGAUGAGGCGUUUAGGGACAGCGAGGCGUUCAGGGACGGUGGGGAGUUAAACAAUGAUGAGGCGUUUAGGGACGGUGGGGAGUUAAAGGACAGCGAGGCGUUCAGGGACGGUAGGGAGUUAAACAAUGAUGAGGCGUUCAGGGACGGUGGGGAGUUAAACAAUGAUGAGGCGUUUAGGGACGGUGAGGCGUUCAGGGACGGUAGGGAGUUAAACAAUGAUGAGGCGUUCAGGGACGGUGGGGAGUUAAACAACGAUGAGGCGUUUAGGGACAGCGAGGCGUUCAGGGACGGUAGGGAGUUAAACAAUGAUGAGGCGUUUGGGGACGGUGAGGCGUUCAGGGACGGUAGGGAGUUAAACAAUGAUGAGGCGUUUAGGGACGGUGAGGCGUUCAGGGACGGUGGGGAGUUAAACAAUGAUGAGGCGUUUAGGGACGGUGAGGCGUUCAGGGACGGUGGGGAGUUAAACAACGAUGAGGCGUUUAGGGACGGUGAGGCGUUCAGGGACGGUGGGGAGUUAAACAAUGAUGAGGCGUUCAGGGACGGUAGGGAGUUAAACAAUGAUGAGGCGUUUAGGGACGGUGAGGCGUUCAGGGACGGUAGGGAGUUAAACAAUGAUGAGGCGUUUGGGGACGGUGAGGCGUUCAGGGACGGUAGGGAGUUAAACAAUGAUGAGGCGUUUAGGGACGGUGAGGCGUUCAGGGACGGUAGGGAGUUAAACAAUGAUGAGGCGUUCAGGGACGGUAGGGAGUUAAACAAUGAUGAGGCGUUUAGGGACGGUGAGGCGUUCAGGGACGGUAGGGAGUUAAACAAUGAUGAGGCGUUCAGGGACGGUGGGGAGUUAAACAAUGAUGAGGCGUUCGGGGACGGUGGGGAGUUAAACAAUGAUGAGGCGUUCGGGGACGGUGAGGCGUUCAGGGACGGUAGGGAGUUAAACAAUGAUGAGGCGUUCAGGGACGGUGGGGAGUUAAACAAUGAUGAGGCGUUCGGGGACGGUGGGGAGUUAAACAAUGAUGAGGCGUUCAGGGACGGUGGGGAGUUAAAGGACAGGGAGGCGUUCGGGGACGGUGGGGAGUUAAAGGACAGGGAGGCGUUCGGGGACGGUGGGGAGUUAAACAAUGAUGAGGCGUUCAGGGACGGUGGGGAGUUAAACAAUGAUGAGGCGUUCGGGGACGGUGGGGAGUUAAACAAUGAUGAGGCGUUCGGGGACGGUGGGGAGUUAAAGGACAGGGAGGCGUUCAGGGACGGUGGGGAGUUAAACAAUGAUGAGGCGUUUAGGGACGGUGAGGCGUUCAGGGACGGCUCAGACGAAAUACUGCAUCCACGCAGAGAAAUCAGGAGCUCCUUCUGAAACAGUUUUUUCCCUCCAGCAUGACUUUUGAAACACUAAGUAGGACGGGAUCGUUCCGCUAAAAACAGUCUGUUGAUAAUGGACUAACCCGGUUCUGGUAACUGGGUUCUGGUUCUGAUGACCGUCUGUUUCUGGUCCUUCCUGUCCCCCCUGCGUGUCCUCAGGCGACCUGCUGGUGUCCGGCUCCUACGACCGGACCGUGGCGCUGUGGGAUCCGUCCUCGCUCCGCCGGACUCUGGUUCUGAGGGUGACGAGAACCCGCCGCAUGUUUUCCGAGGCGACGAAGAUCAGCUGAUUUC